CCAGUAUAAUACGUUCGUUAUCCGGGAUAUAUACACAAUAGGAUGCAAGAUGGCCGAGUUUGGAGCUUCAAACCACGGGGAUUCAGCUCUGAAUUACCAAGAAAAAGAGUUAAACGAGAGAUUGAAGCGCUUGUAUCCGGCUGUGAACGAAGAUGAGACUCCACUGCCUCGAUCGUGGAGCCCGAAGGACAAGUACAACUACAUCGGAUUGUCACAAAACAAUCUCCGUGUUCAUUAUAAAGGUCACGGAAAAAACCACAAAGAUGCUGCAUCAGUUCGUGCUACGCACCCGAUCCCCGCUGCUUGUGGCAUAUAUUACUUUGAGGUGAAGAUUGUUAGCAAAGGCAGAGAUGGAUAUAUGGGAAUCGGAUUGUCAGCCCAGGGUGUCAAUAUGAACCGUCUGCCCGGUAAGUCAUGGUUGUGA